AGCUCCACCUGCCCCCCCAAUCCCCUAGCCCUCAUUUCCCUGAGGUAAACUCCAGCCUUUCCCCUUCCGUCAAGUUGGACGGGCUCCUUUCUUCCUUUCUUCCCCUCUUCCUCCCGCGCACAUUCCCAGCCGCGCGCCCCCUCCCUGCCCUCCGCCCACCUCGGCUGCACCGUUCUCCCCGCAGGCACCCUCUUUCCCCUUUUGGGCCUAUGGAGCCCAACUCCUGGCAAGCCGCUUGGGCAAGAAUGGCCUGCGCGGUGAAGUCGCCAAGGCCGCCAUCUUGCUCGAGGGCAACAAGCGCGGGCGUCGCGCGCGCUGGAUGGGACGGGGCCAAGCGAGCAUGCGCGCGAGAGAGAAGGGGCGCGGAAUAAGCAGGAGGGGGCGGUGCCAGACCACGCACGAACUCCGAGCAGCCGACCAAUCAGCGAGCACGAUCGGCCCUUCCUUCUCUCCUACUUUGCUCUUCCCGGAAGAGGAAGGCAGCCAGUUGCUGCCCGAGGGAGGAGGUGGAAGAAGCGCCCUCGCUGUGCAUGCUGCUUCAAUCAGUCUGUGUCCCUGCAGUGAGGAGCUUGCAGUCAGCGUUCAAAGCAGAUGACGGUCCACAAUUUGUACAUCUUUGACCGCAACGGCAUCUGCCUGCACUACAGCGAGUGGAACCGUAAGAAGCAAGCUGGCAUCUCCAAGGAGGAGGAGUUCAAGCUGAUGUAUGGCAUGCUCUUCUCCAUCCGCUCCUUCGUGAGCAAGAUGAGCCCCGUGGACAUGAAAGAUGGCUUCCUCUCCUUCCAGACCAGCAAGUACAAGCUGCACUACUACGAGACCCCCACGGGGCUCAAGGUGGUCAUGAACACAGACUUGGGGGUGGGCAGCAUCCGGGACGUGCUGCAUCAGAUCUAUAGCUAUUUCUACGUGGAGUACGUGGUCAAGAAUCCGCUCUGCAGCUUGAACGAGACCAUCCAGAGCGAGCUCUUCCGGAGCAAGCUGGACGGCUUCAUCCGCGGCCUGCCCUUCUUCUCGGCCCGCGCAGGCUAACUGCUCACCUCCCCGCAGGACUACAUCUCCCAUGAUGGGUACAGACUGUUGUAAGAUGGCGGGGAGGGGCUUCGCAGCCUCUCUGCAGGGCAUGCAUCCAAGAUCCAUAGCAAUGCAAUUGCCACCCAGAACUGGACUCUGUGCUGGACAUUCGUCUUUUGCAUAUUUGUAUUUCCCUCCUGAGAGCUGUUCCUUGUCCUUUUGACCAUUCUCCACCCCCCCUCCUUUUUCCCCAGAGUCCUUUGCCAGCCAGGACCUGUUCCCUUCUAUUUAUAGUGCCUGCUGUCGUCUUUGACGCAUCUUUCCCUCCUCCCCUGCCCCCAACUCCUAUUUAUAGCCAGACUCUUCUGCCUUUCCAGUUCGGCGCUCUCCCAGCCUGGGCACGGCAUGGAGUACCCAGGGGCUGCUUGGACACAAGAGGGAGGCCGCUGCGGCAGCAGCAAAUGCUUCCCAAAUCCAUGUCCCAGAAAGACGGGUUAGGGAUCCCGUUUCUCAUUUCCACUGCCGGGAAGGGCCGACACGCCCCAGAGGCUGUCUAUAUUGGGGGUUCUCCAACUUGGGUUCCCAGAUGCUGUUGGACUACAACUCCCAUCAUCCCCCAGCCUUGAUCAUUGUGGCUGGGGAUGAUGGGAGUUGUAGUCUGGUGAUAUCUGAGGGCUCCCCCCCCCCCGUUUGAGAAGCCCUCCUCUCUACCCUUUAUCGGAACUGACUUCUGUGAAUUAACCCUUGGUGGUGUGUCUUGAGCUUAAAAGCGUGAGAUGGGGCUCAGCUUCUUGUAAAGUAGCCCGCCCGCCCCCCCCCACACACACACCCCUCUGAAACAUGCAGCACUCUAAGGAGCCAGCCAUGCUGAGAAUGGCCCCCUCCCUACAGCCCUGGUGAAGAGGUGCGCUUGCUUGAUUCAAAGGCCAAGCGGCUGGGGCACGGGCUCCGAUGGGUCCCAGCCCACAAGAAGCCCAGCGGAUGGGAGGCCGGGCCGUUUCUUUUUUCUUCUUUAAUUAAUUGGCCCAACUAGCAUGUUAAAAUGUUGGUCACAAGCGUCUGUGUCACGUGGCACUCUUCCCCGGGCUUGCAUGGGCAGAGCACACAAGGAGAACGAAGGCACUCGGCAGCUGUACCUGCGGGCUCGUAAUUAAGUGCCUGCACUUACGAACAUCAUGCUGCUUUGUCCUGAAAGGACGCGGACUCGGCUGGUUGAACCGUGUGUGGUGGGGAGCGGGGCGGUUUCCUUCCAAAUGUCUUGAGCUUCUGGAAGAGUUCUCUGUGACUUGGGCUUUUUCCCAGCUUUUUAAAUAUAAGUUGAUUGGAAUUAAAGAUCUCCUGCCCCUCC